AUGGCUCUUCAAGCUGCGUAUAAGCAGUUCCUGGCUUCGCCGAACUCGUCCUUGUUGGCUGCGAACGCGUCGCUGCACUACGUCACGACCACAACAAGCUAUGCUGGUCCUACGGAGAUCAUCAAGCACCUGAGCGCGCAGCGCAACCACCUCAAGAAGAAGAAGGAGGACAUUUUGGAUGUUGUUGAGGGCCAGAAUGCUGUCGCCAUCCAGACCGAGACCUCUAUCGAGUUCAUCUCGAGUGGCGGAGCUUACCUUCCCGGCUUGGACGACAACUUCCUCGCUGAUCGAGUUGUUUACAUUGCGGUCACCCAUAUCGUAUCUUUUGACAACGAUGGCAAGAUUGCGCAGAUUCGUCAAAGCUGGGAUCAGGGUGCUCUCUUAAAGCAACUAGAUGUCAUCGGAAAGACUGGCCGCAAUUGGCCCAUCCGUGACAGCCAGGAACAGAUCAAACUGAUCAUCAGAUCUUCUGGGAAGCCUGUGGAGGAAACGCCUUCAGACAUCAUCAACCGGUCUCGCGGAAACUCCACCAAUGCUAUGCGCGACCCUCAUACCACCCUCAACCUCUUUGCGCCUCGCGACCAGGUUGAGCCGCCGACAUCUGUGGUCUCACCGUACGCUGGCAGCCGCCCACACCAGCGCUCCUUCACCGAUAUUCUCGGCGAUGAGCCUGAGGAAGUUGGCUCCCCAAGUGGUGGCCGUGAACGGUCGCAAUCCCCUAGCAAGGCCAUUGCCCCGAAGAUUGGUGCAUCGAAGAAGUUCCAGCCGCCUCGCCUGUUCGAAGAGAGCGAGGACAGAGCUCCGUCUGAGUCUAACACCCCUGACGCCAAGUCCCCGGAUCGCUUCUACAGACCUCACCCGAAGAAGUACCAGCACUUCGACUUCGCCGAUGGCUCUGAGCCAGCUGACGCACCAAAGGCUGGUGUUGCUUUCCACGAGAUGCCUAAGGGAAAACAUGGUUCCCACUGGGAUUUCCAGGACUUCGUUAUUCCUCAAAAGCCCCAAGCCAGCCGUGUUCGUCACCAAGAGAUUCGUCAUUGGAAUACUGAGGAGGCAGAAGAACAAGAGGACACUGUGAAGAAGCCUGCUGUAGGCAAGCCACGCCGUGAUGCGGAAACCCACUUUGAGCUUCAGGAUGAUGGUCUUCCUUCCGGCAAGCCGCGCCCGGCCGGUCGUCCACGAGGAGCUACGCAUAACGAGGGCCUCGGCUUGUACAAGAACCACAUGGUCAGUGAUGACGGCUCUGAACCACCUGCUACUCCUGAUCCGCGUACCUUGACCAAUAUCACCAAUUUGAAAGACCGCUCUAAGAUCUUUGAUCCUCACUUCGAUAUGAAUGACGAGUCACCGCAUGCUUCUCCUCCGAAGCAUCAGAGUCAGAUCAGUGACGAUCGGGCGAAGGCAGUCAAGAUGAUGGAGUCCAACUGGUCAGCCUAUGACGUGUCGCCUGCCUCGCAGAAGGAGAACAGCAAUCCAACCCGACAUGGCGCGUCAAAGGACCAGAAGGAGAAUGGUCCCAAUCAUCGUAUCGUCAUCGCUGGUGAUGGCAUGGGUAACAAGAAGGGUGGCCGUGGCUGGUCUAUCGGUGAUGACGGCGAUGAGGAGAAGAAUGGCAUCGUCAUUGCCGGUGAUGGUAUGGGCAACAAGAAGGGAGGUCGCGGGUGGUCAAUUGGCGACGAGAGCGACGAGGAGCAGAAUACUCCAGCAGUACCGGGCAAGAAGCAAGGCGUCCAAGCGACAGGCGGCAACUUCUGGGACUUUUAA